UGCUUCUGCUUUUCCAUAUCCCACGAGAAAUUCCCUUAGAAAAUGCAUCCUGCAAKUCAAACCUUCUUCUUGGAAAGGCACUGGGCUGGACGGGGGCUGAUGCGAUCCCUACAAAUCAACAUGGGAGAAUUUUCUCUGUAUUUAACAAAAUACCUUUGAACUAACUUUAGGCAUUCAUUACGGAUUGAUGUGCAUCUCUGUCAUUGGCAGGCAAAUGCACAGAGCAAAUAUUUGGUGAGGUAUUAAAAGUAAGUUUAUGAUUGUCAAGGACUGCUAAACAUCUGCCACUGUCUAACAAAACUAAACCAGUGCUGCACAUGCUGCCAGGAGAAGGCAUGGGACGUCUUGGGGAUUGCUAACAGACUAAGAUCCCAGCCUCGCUGUCUUUGCUUAUCACAGUUCAAGGCAAUUAAAUGAAAUGAUUAACCAGCACACCCAGUCCUUCCUGCCAGCAGAGAGGCACUUGCUGCUGCCUGGCAGUGCAAGCAUUUCCAGCCAGUAACUUCUACACCCCAGACAGCUCGGCAAGCCUCAAACCUGGUGUGAUUUCUCUCUUCUAAAGCCAUCAUCGAUGUACACGGAAAUACAGCGGGAGCGACCAGAUGGUGGGAAUAUCCUGACUCACCCAGACUACAUAGAUGGAAACCCAGACCUUAUCAAACCUAAAAAGCUCCUAAAUCCUGUAAAAGCCUCGAAGAGCCAUCAGGAGCUGCACAGRGAGCUGCUGAUGAACCACAAAAGAGGUUUGGGUGUGGAGAGCAAGCCAGAGCUGCAGCGGGUGCUGGAGCACCGACGGCGAGAYCUGCUCAUCAAACAGAAGAAAGAAGAGGAAGAGGCAAAGAAAUUGCAGUCUCCYUUUGAAAAAGAGCUAUUAAAGAGGCACCAGAGGCUGGAUCAGCUGGAGAAAGAGCAAGAGAAGCAGGAAGACCAUGCACCAGAAUUCAUUAAAGUCAAGGAAAACCUGAGAAGAACAUCAACGGUGACAGGGGACGAGAAAGCAGCAUAGCUUCUGCCAAAAGCCAACGGGAUCCUACCAAGGCCAACACCCCACUAAAAUCUCUGUACAUGGUGGACAUUCCCACACACCUCCGGGGCUACUUGCUGUUAUUAACACUUGCUCCAGUAGAAGGCACAGGAAAGGUUUGCCCAGACCAGGAGGGAAUCACUGUGGAAAAAGUGCGGUAUUCACCAAAGUACUCACACAAGCGGAUGCAGAGGGAAUGGUUUUAUUUCCCCCCUAGACUGUGGGUGCACACUAACCACCAGCUAACUCUUGGUUAACUCUAGAGACACAGCAAAUAUUUAAAACAGGGAAGUCUGUGUAGGAACCACUUGGGGGACUCCUGCUUCUCCCUGGAAGCAGAUUGCCAGGCACAAGGGGACAAGAGGGCAGCUGCAGCUCUGGAGAGCCUCCUAGAAACCUGGUAAUUAAAAGGGACAGCCUGUGUGUUACUGAGAACAGCCCAGGUGACCAUAAUGGCUUUCUCAAGGGUCACUGGCUUUGCACCAGUGUGCCAGUCAAGCCUGGCUGAGGCUGUGUGUCCCAGCAGCACACCUGUACUAUCUGAAAAACCAACCUCUGUGUGCCCUUACCAGUGCAGSACAGGCAGGUGCAGCUAUACUUCAACAAGCACCUUUAAACUGCAUUCCAAACCUGUUUGAAAGUGGUUUUUUAGACAGUUCCAUGCUCAGGCAGAAAAUGCAUUGGACUGUUCCAUCAACUCCCCACAUGGAAGGCAAAUGCUCUGUGCAGAAAGCAGAGACUGGGGUGUUCCUAGCAUGGUGUCAGUGGAAGCAUGCAGUGACCAGAUCCCUGUGGAUGCAGCAGACAGACAAACUGCUUCUUGCCCCUGCACUACUGAGCUUCAUCCCCUCACCCAGCAGUGGACAUGUGCUACCMUAGGGACCCAAAAGAAAUGUCCUGUGAUGGAGAGGGGGUGAUGUGGUCAUGUCCCACCAGUGUCAGGCUGUCUGGUUAAGCAUCCUGCAAGCAGCUGGCACCUGUAGGUGCCAGGGGCUCCGAGGCAUGUAGGUCCUGACACAAAACUACUUGUCAGUGCUUCUCAUCCCCUUCUCCAGAGGUCAGAGCUGCCUCAUUGCASCUGCCACUUUGCAGAGCUAAAGCUCUUCUUGCUGCUGGUAGAGCCAAACUGAGGUGAAUGGUGCUUUUGCAUCAUGCAUGAACAGAGCUUGUCACACUUAUGGAGUACCUGUGUACCCUGGGAUAUCCACAYGUAGAGCUAAAAGUGUGUUUUCAGGAAUAUCUCAGCUUCUUGCUUCUCACAUCAACCCUGAUACAAAGCCUGAACAGCAUAACUCACCGACUGCCUUUGGACACUGGCUCAUGAAUGGCCUCAGUGGACCUCAUCAGCUGGGCAGGUAAUACCUGGUUAAUCAACACUUAUUAUCCACAUCUUCAGUGGAUCUAUAUGUAACUUAAGGGAAACUGGGCAUUUAUACAUAUUUAUUAAAAAGUUACUAAUCCGUUCUCUAGUCUCCCUGGUCCAGUGGGGUGUUUCAGCUCAGAGGGCUGUCRUUUGACCUGGCAGCUUGAGUGAAACAUCUGAGCCACAUCACAUGUCAAGAGCAGUAACACAGGUAUGGAGCUUUUGUGACAGACUAUAAAAGCCCUUAACUCAACUUCAGUCCCUGAGCACUCCAUCUCUUGGCACUGUCUCUGCUGUAGWUUUUUUGUUCAUAUGCUUAUCCUACACAUGAAUUUAUUUUAGAAAUCCAGUGCAUAUCGUCACCAUGGGUCAAAAAAGAUUUGAAAGAAUCUGUUACAACCUUUCCAAUUGUGACGCUUUUUAUACAGGUUAUGAUUAAAGCCAUAAGGAA